AUGCCCCACCUCGUCUCCAGCUUCCUGCGCUCCUCGACGGGAACCAUCCCUCACAUUAAGGCCGUCUCGCGGUCUCGAAACACUUCGAGGAGCAACUCCCGCAGUGCAUCCCGCAACACCAGCCCCCAUGGCUCGGACAGCGAAGACCGCCAUGCCGUCAAGAUGCCCGACCUAGCCGAUGCCAUUAAGAAGCACCACCGCCUGUCGCUGCACUUUGGCCGAUCCACCUCCAAGGAGCGUCAACAGCACGUCCCCUACUCUCCUGUCGUGAUUGACUGGAGCGUCGAGAGCCCGCCUGUGGUUUUCCACGGCAACGCUGAGGAGAGCACCGGCGCCUUGGUUUCGGGCCAGGUUGUCCUCGACAUCAAGGAGGAAUUGGUGGAUGUUGAGAGCUUCACAGCCAGCCUUAACAUGGUUACCACUCACAAGAGGCCAUUUCAGAACAACUGCAGCGAAUGCCAGACUCAGUCGACCCGGGUUGAGAAGCUGACACUGUUGGCUCACCCCGUUCCCCUGCGAAAGGGCAAGCACCAGUUCCCCUUCUCCAUCUUGCUGCCCGGCAAUCUCCCAGCUUCAAUGGACACACCCGUUGUCUCCAUUUCCUACGUGCUGAAUGCUGAGGCACAAUUCCUCACUGCUCCCACAACGCCCGAGGGCACAAGCUCAAUCACAACCACCAAGUCCGAGCGCAUCAUCGACGUCAAGCGGACUCUCCCCGAGCCUCUGUACCCACACAAUUCUGUCCGCGUCUUCCCCCCGACCAACAUCAAGGCCGCCGCCAGCUACAUCUCCGUCAUUCACCCGACAACCAACAACAAGAUGACCCUCAAGCUCGACGGGCUCAUGACCCACAACGAAAGGGUCAAGACGGUUGACCUGUGGAAGCUGAAGAAGCUUACUUGGAAGUUGGAGGAGACCAUCAAGACAGUUGCACCCGCUUGCGAGAAGCACAACCCUGGACUCGCCGAGUCUGCCACCAAGGGCCUGCCCCGAAGCGAGACCCGAGUCAUCGGCGAGAAGAAUCUUACCGAAGGGUGGAAAUCCGACUACACCGGUGCGGACGGCAUCGUCGACAUGGAAUUCGACUUCUGUGUCAACCAGCUCAAGCCGCACACCAAUGCCCUCAAGUACGCUUGCGACACCAAGACACAGGACGGAACAGAAGUGACCCACUCUCUGCUGCUCGAGUUGGUCGUAUCGAAAGAAUACGCACAAGAGGGCAAGACACACGUUUCUCACCAGACUGGCACUGGCCGCAUUCUGCGAAUGCACUUUGCCGUUGUCCUGACUGACAACGGCGGCUUGAGCGUCAGCUGGGACAAUGAAGCCCCUCCAGUUUACCAAGAUGUGCCCCCGAGCCCUCCCGAAUAUGCUCAAGAUGAGCUCCCUAUUGAGUACGACGACCUCGAAGAACUUGUUGCCGCAAGGGCAACAGCACCCAACAGCCGAAGGGGUAGCCAAGAAUUAUCAUGAACGCGAAGAUACCCAUCACUUUCUUUUGUCAAUUUACUCUUCUUUCUUUUAUUUUUUUAUUCAUUUUAUUGGGCGCAUCGAUUGUCAGCCUACAUAGGCUUGGGUGCAAAGCAAAGCGGCUGGGUUGUUUUCGAUAUUGCUACAAAGCAGCAUAUACAUAUACCCCUACGGCAAAGGACAAAUAAGGCGAUUGGCUGUUUAUUAUUCUUUCGUGAACUUUUUUUUUUUUUCUUUUUUUUUUUUUUUCUUAUGCAUAACAUGAUGAGAUGUCAGGCGAAUUCAACAUAUUCAGCCAUACAGUUGGCAUUUCCUUUAUUUUGGAGUUGGUUCACGGGACGGAUACUCUGUUGCAUGUGACGGGUUUUUCCACAUGCAACAAUGAAUGAUGCGAUACAUAGACUAUCGGCACAAAAAAAUAUAGCUUAGUAUUUAAUCA